CCAAAACCCUCAAAAACCCUCGAAAUUCCAAUAGCUUCUGGACAUGGCGGACUCCAUCAUCACCUCGGAGAAGCCCUCCACCUCGUCGCCUCUGGACCCUCCUUCCCGCAUCGUCUGCCACGUUUGCCAGAAGCAGUUUUCGCAGUACACGUGUCCUCGGUGCAACUCUCGCUACUGCUCUCUUCGCUGCUACAAGCUAUGUAGUUAAUUUAGUACAAAAAUGUUGCAAGGGCUUAAGCCCAUGCAAGACCAAGCUAGAUCCGCCACUGCUCAUAAUGUGCAAUGUACGGAGUCGUUUAUGAGGGAUAAUGUGGUUGGGGAGCUAGGACAGCUGGGGCCGAAUGACGAAACCAAGCAGAAGAUGCUGGACAUACUUAAAAGAUUUCACUCUCAAGAUGAAGCUGAUGGCAUGGAUGAGGAUGUGGAUGCUGAUUCUGUGCUGUCGGAAGAGACUAUACAAAAAGUGUUGGCUGGGGAUGAAGUUAGUUUUGAUGAUCUCUCCGCAGAAGAGAAGAAACUAUUCCAAAGAGCUGUUGCAUCUGGGGAACUGAGCAAGAUGAUUACUCCUUGGGAUCCUUGGUGGUUGAAGCCUUCUGCAAAAACAAUAUCGUUCAGCAAAGAAGGAACCCAACUAAUCCAACCGCUUGCCAAAGAUGAUGAAUCAAUGUCACAGGAAGAUGAUCCAGAAAGCAGUCAAGUUAGUGAGAUUCCACCAGGGUCUGAGACAGCACUGCCUCCCCUCAGCAAGCUUAGUUCAGCAAAGCCGUCACCAUUCUUAGCUGUACAUUUGAUCGACAUUAUAUACAGCUACUGCUUUGCUCUUCAUCUCUACAAUGGUGAUUGGCAAUCAGAUGCCACAGGCUCAGCUAUGGUCGUGCUCUCCGUGUCAUAUGUUUUGGGACAAGGAGCGCAGCCAGAGACUGUCCUGGAAGCCCUAUCUUAUUGUUUAGAGCAGACCUGCUCUCCAGCUUUCAGACAGAUGGGUGGCUUGCAUUUUGGACUAGGUCUUGCAGACGACGUGAUAAGCCUGCUAACACUAGGAACCCCCACAUUGUUGUGCUUGCUCUGCGAUCUUCAGAGAAUGGUCCAGGCCGGGGAGACUGAGCUGAAAUCAGAGAAACCACGAAAAUCAAGAAGAGUCGAAAUAAGGAGCAAGCUGAAGCAGGCUGAGAGGAAAAUUUACUUCCUUAUGUGUUGGGUGCACGAGCAACCCCCGGAAGCUUGGUCUUCCUUAGCAGCCAUCGUAAGCGCAGAGAAAAACUCAGCUAUGAACUAUGAAGCUAUCUCGAGGUCUCGCAAACCCGAAAACAAAGCCGAUCCCAGGAGCAAAGCUUUGAUGGAAGAAAUUAAAGAUGUCUAG